AUGCCGGUGUGCAUCUGUCGAAAGACCACUGUCGACGAUGGCUCAUUCCAACGCCAUCAGGCGAGAUGCAAGCUUUAUCUCGCCCAUCUUGAUGCGCUCUCGUUGAACCGGCGACCUCGUAAACGACGCCGACAAGCUUCCUCGCACGAACAGGAACUGGAAUUCCCAGGUGCCACCACAUCAACCGCGACCAAUGAAGACAUCGAUACCUCAAUGCAGCAACCACAAUCCUUCCCAACAUCACUACCUCUCCCAUUCGUUGAUGAUAACAGUCCAGCUGCUGUACAAAACCCCUCUCCUCCGCCAGAGUCCACCAGGGUUCGUUCGACUCGAGGCAUCCUGCCGGGACGCUUCACGGACUUCGUUGCUGAGGCCACUUUGCCUCUUGACCUGGAUGAGCCAUCUGGAUAUGAACGCAGCGGCUCCGAAGAACAACCAGUCCCUCCGCUUAUCCCUCAUGUCACUCGCACCGCUCCAAACGUCUUUGGUCUCAUCCGCGAGUACACCGGAGAUCUCCCACUCCGUGACCCCGAGGAUAAUAUAACCAUCGAGGAGCUCGCAUCACGCAUCAGCGCAAAUGAAAGGUCCGGUUCUGGUGUCGAGCCUCCCGAAGGUGGUCAGCCUCCUAUCCCAGUACCUAACAUUUACUCUCCCUUUCCCAACAAAGCCGCAUUUGACAUCGGCAAAUGGUACUGGUCUCAGCCCAAUAAAUCCCAGGCUGAUUUCGAGGCCCUUAUUCGCAUCAUCACCGCAGAGAACUUUACGGCCAAUGACCUGGCUGGUAUUAAUUGGGCCAAAAUCAAUCGCGAAACCGGGGAUAGCUCGAGUGCAGUCUUUGACAAUGCUGCUGGCUGGCUGACACGCGCUGUAACCAUUGAGAUCCCGUCAGGCAAGAAAAAUGUGCCUGCCGCUGAAUUCACUGUCAACCGAAUCUUCGUCAAAUCUCUGGUUGAAGUUAUACGAGCCAAAUUUCAAAGUCAUUCCUCGCUCAACUUUCACUACAUCCCCUACAAGCUCAUAUGGGCCCCAAACCCGGGCUGCGAGCAACUUGUUUCUGGCGAACUAUAUAACUCACCCGCAUUCUUAACGGCACAUGCAGAACUUCAGGCAUCACCACCUGAGCCCGAAUGCACCCUUCCACGGAAUAUUGCCGCUCUUAUGCUUUGGUCUGAUGCCACGCAUCUUACAGACUUCGGCUCCGCAUCACUUUGGCCGUUCUAUCUGCAAUAUGGGAACCAGUCAAAAUACGAACGCGGUCGACCAUCCUCCAAUGCCUUCGAUCAUAUUGCUUAUAUACAGCAUCUUCCUCAAAGUGUACAACAGUUCAUCCGAGAGUUUACUGGAAAGGCUGCCUCGAAGCCUUUGGUUACACAUUGCAAACGGGAGCUGAUGCACGCAAUAUGGCGGCUGCUAUUGGAUGAUGAAUUCCGGGAGGCCUAUAUGCAUGGUAUUGUUGUCGAUUGCAGUGAUGGCUUCCGUCGGCGAAUGUAUCCACGCUUCUUCACUUAUUCUGCCGACUAUCCCGAGAAGGUCCUUCUUCUGCUCAUCCGUGAUAUGGGUAACUGCCCUUGCCCACGAUGCCUAGUAAAGAAGUCUGCUAUCCGUGCUCUAGGAACUCCGGCCGAUAUCAGUCAACGGCACAAUGGCAAGCGAGUCGAUAGCAAGAUCCUUCAUGCCAAGGUCUCCAAAGCCCGUAAACUUAUAUACAAGCAAGGCUACACCGUCAACAGCAAGCUUGUGGAUGAUCUACUCAAAUCGGAGUCUCUAGUCCCAACGGAGAAUGCGUUCUCCGUUCGUCUUGGUGACUGCGGCUUAGACGUAUUCACCAUGUUUCUUCCAGACGCUCUUCACGAGUGGCCCCUUGGGGUUCUUCGUCAGAUCAUCAUGCAUAUUCUACGCAUCCUUCAAGCACACGACAAACAGCUCUUAAUUGAGUUUGACAGCCGAUUCUCGCAGGUCCCUCCAUUUGGACGUGACGCCAUUCGGUAUUUUGGUGAUAAUGUCUCUGGCAUGAAGAAAUUUGCUGCCCGUAACUGGGAGGAUAUCAUACAGUGUAUUAUACCCGUUGUUGAAGGCCUACUCCCCGAACCUCACAAUAGCAUUAUAUUGGACCUUCUAUUCAUGACUGCAUACACACAUGGCCUUUGUAUGCUUCGCAUGCACACGACUGAUACAUUGCGGCUCCUUGAUAUUGCAACCAUCGAAUUUGGUAAACAUGUCCGGAAGUUCGCAGAAGUGACAUGUGCUGCAUUCAGCACUACCGAACUACCCAAAGAAACUGCUGCUCGUAUGCGGCGUUUAGCACGGAAGACUCAAGUAUCGUCGGACAACACUUCUGGCAAUACAAGGCAACCCCUCACUUCCUCCAAUAUGCGAGCAUUCAGCUUGUCUACCUACAAGCUUCACUCAGCCGGCGGUCACUAUGCAGAUGCAAUUCAUGAGUAUGGAACGACUGACUCAUACACAACGCAAUUGGGAGAAGUUGAACAUCGUCGAGCAAAGACAGGACGAUAUAUGCGGACAAGCAAGAAACAAUUUGAAGAGCAAAUGGCUGCAAUGGAUAUCCGCGAUCAGCGCAUACGUGAUAUAGAACAUCAGCUCCACCUUCAAGAUGCGCAACAGAACUCACACCGAUCUUCAAGCGCUGACACUGGCAACAAACCUGAUGAAGAAGCUUAUUCAAAACUCGACGCACACCACGUCAUUGGUGUUAGCCAGCGAGAUUAUAUUGAUAUAGGUCGGUGGCUGCUACAGAAUCAAGGUGACCCUGCAGUAAAGGAUUUCUUCCCUCGUCUACAAGACCACUUAUUAGCUCGCAUACGUGGCCAACCUCAUUCUGGUGAUGGAUUCAUGUUCCAUGAGGAACAACGAGCGGCAAUCGUCUUUCACAAUAACCGGAUGUAUCCUCACCAAACUUUUCACAUAAACUACACAACUUACGAUGUCCGCCGGGAGCAAGAUCUAGUCAAAUCCGCCGGUCCUCGUCAGGAUAUCAUGCUACUUGCACAAACUCCCACCCCAAAUGAUAUGUUUCACUCAUAUUGGUUCGCCCGCGUGUUGGGAAUAUAUCACGUCAAUGUCGUGGACUUGAGCGCCCCCAUCUGUGUUCCUCAACGCAUGGAGUUCCUUUUUGUAAGGUGGAUGGGGUGUGAGCCAGAGUGGACCAGUGGAUUUGAACAUCUCCGCCUCGAGCGAGUCGGCUUUAUUCCUGCUUUCGAUGGAAAUGCAUUUGGUUUUGUUGAUCCAAAUAAUGUUAUCCGAGCUGGACACCUUAUUCCUGUUUUCAAGAAUGGCCGUACACACCGCUUACUUGGCCGUUCAUGGUUGGCGAGAGGAAAGGGUGCUGAAGACUCUGAUUGGGAUACCUUCUAUGUAAAUUGUUUUGCUGACCGAGACCUUCUUAUGCGGCAUGUCGGGGGUGCAGUCGGGCAUCGUACAGCUAUGUCAAUUGAGGCAGCGCACCCACGAAUACUACAAGAAGCAAGUAACGACCAUGAUGCCUCUCAGGGACAUACCUCCAAUACUUCGGAAGAUGAGCACAACGACACUGACGACGACUCUGAAGAUUCCGAACUUGAAAGCUAG